UUGAGAUUUGAGAAUGUCAUGAGCAUGUAGAUAAGAUUGUGUAUCGUACAAAGAUAUAAUUGGAAAAUAAAUAGAUCCUUCCUCCGCAAGAUAGUUUAAUCGUUGACUAUUAGUCAUUACGCUAUGCGAGGGUUCAUUUUCAUUGCGGUUAUCGCCGCGGCAUACACUGCGUCUGCAGUGCCAAUAGAUCAAAAUGAACCGGAGUACGUAUAUGAACGAUUCAUAAAAUUCCCGGACGGAGAUGGAAUAAUGCACGACGUAGACUUAGAAGCUGAACCAGAUCAUGAACUUCUAAAUGAGAUCUCCAGAAAUCCUGCAAACAACCGUUACCUACUGUACACAAGGCGGAACCCUACUUCUCCGCAGACCCUUGUCAUCAACAAUGCCAACUCUAUCAGGAAUUCAAAUUUCAACCGUAACGCCCCCACCGUCGUCAUCGCUCACGGUUGGCUUAGCAAUCAAAAAAGUAACCUCAACCCUGUGAUCAGAGAUGUUUAUCUUCGUAAGCUCGAAACGAACGUCAUUAUUGUGGACUGGAGGCGCCUUGCCAUGUCUGACUACGUCACAGCAGUGCGAGGAGUUCCUGCCGUCGGUCGAGGCUUGGGUCAAUUUUUGGCCUUCGUCAACCAGAUUACUGGCGCCCCAUUCAACUCGAUGCAUCUUGUCGGGUUCAGCUUGGGCGCUCACUUGGUCGGUAACGCGGGACGUGAACUUGGCGGAAGAGUUGCUCGAGUUACAGGUCUGGACCCCGCCGGCCCUCUAUGGAGUUACAACUCCAAUCGUCUCAACCGCAACGAUGGUGUGUAUGUAGAAGCUAUCCACACCGAUGGUGGAUACACUGUUGGUGGUCUCGGCAUCGGCUCAGCUGUUGCCAACGCUGACUUCUUCCCCAAUGGCGGCAUUUCUCAGCCUGGCUGCCUUACUAACAUCUGCAACCACAACCGCGCUUGGGAACUCUUCGCUGCCACCGUCACUUACAACCAUUUGAUCGGAAAUCAAUGCUCAAACAACCUUCAAAUUACUUUGAAUAACUGCCGUGGCCCACGGCUUCAUAUGGGUAACGAUGAUUUGAGAAAAUUCGGUAUGACAUACUUACUCUCCAACUCUCUGUGCUUUCGGCGGCGUCAUAUGCCGGGUCGACAACUUCCUCGCAACAUGGUUGAGGAGGCCGACGGCUGGCACAUGUGUCAUACUCCAUACCUCGCUAGCGCGGGGCCCAUGUAUAAGGAUGAACUCGGCGAGUACCCACGUUACAUCGACUUCCCCGACGGUGAGGGUAAACUACACCGAGUAGACUUGGAGGCAGAACCCGACUACGCUCUGCUUAAUGAAGUAACUAGGAACCCAGCCAACAACCGAUACAUUCUGUUCACCAGACAAAAUCGUCGCAGCGGCCAGACCUUGGUCAUCAACGACCAAAAUUCCAUCACCAGAUCCAACUUCAACGCAAGACGUCCAACCAUGUUAGUCGUUCACGGAUGGCUUAGCAACCAACACACCGACAUUAACCCUACAAUCAGAGAUGCCGCGCUCAACCACGAAGAUGUGAACGUGAUCGUGGUGGAUUGGAGACGCCUUGCUAUGUCCGACUACGCGACUGCGGCGCGCGGCGUGCCUGCUGUCGGCCGCGGCGUGGGACAGUUCUUGAUCUUCCUCAACCGCGUGACGGGCGCGCCUUUCAACACCAUGCACCUCGUCGGCUUCUCCUUGGGCGCUCACUUGGUAGGCAACGCUGGCCGUGAAAUCGGCGGAAGAGCUGCUCGUGUUACUGGCCUGGACCCCGCUGGCCCGCUAUGGAACUUAAACGCCGCCCGCCUCAGGGGCUCCGACGGCGUCUACGUUGAAGCUAUCCACACCGAUGGUGGAUACACUGUUGGUGGUCUCGGCAUCGGCUCAGCUGUUGCCAACGCUGACUUCUUCCCCAAUGGCGGCAUUUCCCAACCUGGCUGCCUGACUAACCUCUGCAACCACAACCGCGCUUGGGAGUUCUUCGCUUCCACCAUAACUCGCAACCACUUGGUUGGAAACCAAUGCUCCAAUACGCUUCAAAUCACAACAAACUCUUGCCGUGGUGCUCGACUGAACAUGGGCAAUAUGGAUCUGAACAAGCGGGGAUCUGGCCUGUACAGAUUGGACACCGGAAGGAGAUAUCCAUUCUAAGUUUACAAAAGAGUUUUAAAUCAUGUUAAAGAUAAAACAUGGCUAUUUUAUGGCGUGAUUAAAAUUAUAAAUGUAAAUAAAUUCAAAUAUGUACAC